UUCCCCCAUUUGGCUCAUGAAAGCAUUUUGACUUGAAAGAUCCGUACAGAAAAUUAAUAAUUAUACCAUUUUCACUCAUGCAAAAGUUUUGACGAAAUUACUCGUACACAUGAUUUUCAAAUGGGACAAGAAUUGUAAUUCUCUGGAAAUAUUAAAGUGCUUGGCCGGCUUACCCCACCAAAAAGAUUUUCACAUUAACUUUUAGCUUUUCAAAGUCAUGGGCCGCAUAGAAAAUUUUUCCACAAUACACUAUUGAACUUCUCGUACGCUAUCAGACACUCGCUCAUUGCCCCUAAGCGUCUCAGAGCCCGACUCAUGGUUUAAGCUUGGUUCUGUGUCGCUAUUCUCAUUGUAUUAUCACUUUGCUCGUCUUUUCUUUUCAUACAUCGAGUGAAUAUCUCAGUUCUUCGGUCAGUUUCCAACGCAACCAUUGGUUUAAGCAAAUAUUGAGAGGAGACAACAACAAGAGGGGGGAAAAAGGAAUUUCUAGAAUUUAUAGAAGAAAUUAUGGCUGAGACAUAUGCUACCUCCGUUGCAAAGAAUCUUGCAUCGAAACAUGGUGAGUACGUGAUUGCUCACAUUGGACGUCAAUUUCGGUACGUGCUGUACUACAAGAGCUACGUCCAAGAUCUCAAAAAUAGAGUGAAGGAGCUAGAGAUUGUGAGGGAAAGGGUGCAAUGCUUGGUCAAUGAAGCCGUGUAUGACGGAAAACCUAUACACAUUGAUAUUAAGAAUUGGCCGGAGAAUGUGGAGAAUAAGGUUGAGGAAGCAGAAAACCUGUUAAAACAAGGCGAAAGUGCAAAUAUUCCUUGCUUCCGUGGGUGGCUUCCCAACCCCAUGGUGCGCCAUCCAAUUGGCAGGAAGGUGAAGAAGACGACUCAAGUCAUUCAGGGACUCCAUAAUGAAAGCGCAAAUAGUAAAUUCCAGAAAGUCUACUAUGAGAAUACUCCGAUAGGAAUCGUCACUGCUAACACUUCCACAGUAAGAUCUGUUGACAACAAAGAAGACGUCCUAGAGUCGAGGGCUUCAAUCAUAGAGGAUGUAAUGAAGGCUAUAGUUGAUGACAAGAUCUAUGUGAUUGGGGUGCAUGGACCAGGUGGGGUUGGCAAGUCCAAGCUUUUGGAGGACAUUGAAAGGCGAGUGAAGGAAGAGAAGCUAUUUGAUGUGGUUGCCAAGGCAAACAUAUCAUGCAAUCCAGAUAUAAAAAGAAUUCAAGGAGAAAUCGCAUAUGCUCUGGGUCUAAAGCUAAAAAGCUAUGCAACCUGUGGCGAGUAUGAAAAGAUGGCUCCUCAAUGGUUGAAAUCCUUAAAUAGAUUGAAGUUCUACAUGUUCGUGUGUGCCCUAGUUUAUCAAUCAUAUUUCCAUCUCCGACUUCAUCCCAAAGCUUGGGACAUUUGCAUGUAGAGAAUUGGGCCGGCUUAGUUCGUAUCGGGACUUGCUCAGUAGUGACAAGUCUGGUUCACCUUGCUGAACUAAUCGUAAGAGAUUGUGGUGCAAUGGAAGACGUGGCAACAGAUGAUGGAAAUGGACCAGAGGAGAUCUCUUUCCCCAAGCUGCAACUGUUGAUACUUGAUGGCUUACCAAGCCUUGAGAGCUUCUCCCCCACGAAUUGCGACUUCAGGUUCCCAUCAUUGGUGCAUAUUAUUGUGAUGCGGUGCCCCAAGAUGAAUAUAUUUUGCAAGGGUACCUUGAGGACACCAAAGCUAGAUAGAGUACUCCUUUCCAACGAGAAUAAUGAAGGGCGUUGGGAGGGUGACCUUAAUACCACCAUCCAAACCUUAUCGGCAUGAAAUGAUCCACACCAAAUUCAGUAAGUCAGAUGCUGGAAACCAAUAAGAUGAGAAAUCGGCUUGUCCCAUACAGAAGAAGUUGCAUUCAAGCUCUUCAGCUUUUCUUGAUCAUCAUCUUGCGCAGUGCGAUAUUCUCAAGGACUGCUUGGACCUUUUCUUUCUAUAUUUCUUCUUCCCCUUAUUCUGAAUAAAUUGACAUCUUAUCCCGUGGGGAAUUUGCUUAAUCAUCGUUCGGACAUUUCAUUGGAUUUGUAAUGUAAUGCUACCAGCACAUACAACCAUGAACUGCCAUUCUCUUGGCGAUUUGGCAUGUAGGAAUAAAAUUUCUUCAUCCACUCAAA